UGAACGAGCCCAGCCAAUCGGAGUGAGGACUGACAGGAACGACCCAAUCCUAGAGCUGGGACUGAGGUUGGGGGCGGGGACAGUGGCCCGAGUGGACUUGGGACUGGCGCUGUCCUGAGGGAGCUGGGUUGUGGAUGCUGCUGGUUCUCGUGCUGCAGUACUGGGUCGUCAGGCAGCACACCCUCUCUGUGAGGGGAAUCAUGAGCCGCUUCCUGAACGUGUUACGAAGCUGGCUGGUUAUGGUGUCCAUCAUAGCCAUGGGGAACACGCUCCAGAGCUUCCGAGACCACACCUUUCUCUAUGAGAAGCUCUACACUGGCAAGCCAAACCUUGUGAAUGGCCUCCAAGCCCGGACCUUUGGGAUCUGGACACUGCUCUCAUCGGUGAUUCGCUGCCUCUGUGCCAUUGACAUCCACAACAAAACACUCUACCACAUCACAUUGUGGACCUUCUUCCUCGCCUUGGGACACUUCCUCUCGGAGUUGUUCGUAUUUGGAACAGCAGCUCCCACAGUCGGUGUGCUGGCACCCCUGAUGGUGGCAAGUCUCUCCAUCCUGGGUAUGCUGGUUGGGCUCCGGUAUCUAGAGGCAGAACCAGGAUCCAUACAGAAGAAGAGAAACUGAAACUGAGGCCAGCCUUGCCACCUCCAAAACAUCGUUGUUUUCCGCGUUGGCUGUCUUCGUUCUUCAUCCUAUGUCCUUACAUCAUUUCUUUUCAACUGUGUCCUUAGUUCCUUCAUCUAGGUUCAGCGUCUUUAGCUUUUGGGGUUUGGGGUUUUUAAUGUUUUUAAAUAUUUAAGAUGUUCAUACAGAAAACUUAUGUAACACGUAAUUUAGAGU